ACAGGAGCUGAAGAAUCUCACAAAAAAAAAAAAAAAAAAAAAACAAAAAUUACAGAUAUGGCGAGCAACGUUAGAGAAGCCCGAAGAAGGAAGAUUAUGGAAAGAGGAUCCGACCGUUUAGCACUCAUUACGGGUCAGAUCCAAUCCCUUCCUUCUUCUUUUUCUCACGAAGAAAUUACAACCGACUCAGACAACCCUUCAUCCCAGCCGUUGAUUUCCCACACCGCCGCCGUUUCUCCUCAUGGUGAGGAUGAAGGAUCUGGUUCAUUCAUGGUAAAACAUGAUCCCAUCACCGAUGCCUGUCAGACUGAUGCUGAUAUUGGUGAAAGCAAUCUAGCACCUCCCUUACGCAAAUGUGAGAUAAGCGAUGAAGCUUUAGGAGCCCGUGCUUCAGAAUUCAAUGGCAAAGCACAGUCACCUCUGGUCUCAUCAAUAGAUCAAAACUCAUCUGCUUCUACUUUGAACUCAGAACAGCAUUUAGAGCAGCAAAGACCACAGCAUAGAUUUUUCACUCCAAAUCAAAUAAGUUCUGCCAUUGCAUCAUCAGAGCGUACCCGCUUCUUGUGUUCUGUAACUGUAGCCCUUUUAGUUGUGUUAUCCUAUCUAGGGUUUCCUUUACUAGGCAGCUACGUCAUAAAGAGCAUGUUAAGCUUUAGGCCACUUUACCUACUUUUGCUAACCAAUGUGACGAUUGUGCUUGCACGACUUCUUGUUGAUAAACAAACAGGUUUUGAAAGGGCAGCCAGAGAUGAAAACGAAACCACCUCACUUAAUGGAUAUGGUUGGGCUGAACAAGUAGGUAAUACUUUAGAGACAGGUCUGGUGAUGCAGAAGGCUCUCGAUGCCAUUUUCAUGGAUUGCAGUGUCUAUGCAAUAAUUGUCAUUUGUGGACUCUCCCUCGCGUCUCUGUUUAGCUAAUCAGCUGGUAUAUUUUUGUUUGUCUGUUUUCAUUUAUACCAAUUCAUGUCAUUUUACGAAUAGAUCCUCAAUGAAAUUGGCCAACUUUUUCUUGAACAAUUUCUCUUUAGUGCACGAGUUUCACAUGUACUUGCUUUUUUUAUUCAUGGUGUGUAGUGAAUUGAAUACACAUUUUCAGAAUGAAGGAAUUGGUCUGCAUUAAGCGUAA